AUGGAUAUCGACGAGGAUGAACCACCAACUGCAACAUCAUAUACCCAACCCAACAGCCAUCAUGAUAUGGAAGACGAGGUACAGGACUGGAAACUAUUGGGUACCCGUACCACAUCAUCAUCAUCAUCAUCAGCUAUUCCUAAACGUGGUGAAAAGGAAUUUGAGCCUGAUGGAACUUCAGUGCAAAACCAAUCAUUAAAGGAAUCCCAACAGGCAAUGUUUGAUGCAUUGUCGAAUACUCGUGGUCAUCAUGUCAAACACAAGUUAGCGGGAGUUUGGGUGCCCAAAUUGAACCAAUGUGUUGUUUUACAUAUACGAGGCAAUUUCUUUAGAGAUAUGGGUGUCGCUCGUGGGCUGAUAAUGUAUUUGAACCAGUAUGAAACUGUGUACUUGGUAGAAAGGGGCAGUUUGAUUGCAUAUUUGUCUAGUGAAGAAUUUGAAGAUUGGUUGGAUAACGGGAGUGAGAUUGAAUUUGAUAUCGGAUCGAAGCUAUGGGCAUUGGAUUUGGAAUAUUUGUAUUGUCUUGUUAAGGUGGAUAUCCCGCAGUAUCAAGUUUAUUCGUACUUGAAACGAUUGGGGUAUAUAUUACAAGCUCCAAAGUUGCAGCUGACAAUUGAUAAGGGAAAAGUUUACAAUUCUACCUUGAAUGUUUCAUUUUGGUUGUUGCCUCGAAAAUGGGGCAUCCUUGCGUAUCCUGCAUUGCAUACUAGUCAUUUCAAAACAAAGACGUAUUUCAAUUACACCAACAUCUACAAAGCAAUUACGCUAAACACUGAAGAAAUUGUAACCGAUCCCCCGACGAAGCCAUUGCACAUCACCUACAAUGUUUGGAGACCAACACCAUCAUUUGCAAAGAAAUCGCCACCUCAUCCGGAUUUCCAAUUAGUAGUUUUUGAUAUCAAGGAUCCGUCUUACCUAACUCUAUCUCAACUACAACAUCUACAACUGCAGCUUUGUCAAAGCGAGUCUGAUUUAGUGAUCAAACCGACACCCAAAAAGAAACCACCACGCGUGGAGUCAAAACGACAAAUCCGAGCCAAACAACAAGCAGAACGACAAUCAAAACUAGAUAAAUCAAUUCAAUUGCGGAAUGAAUAUUGGAAACGACGCGAUUCCCUGUUCAAACAAGGCCAUUCACCAGUUAUUCUUGCAAUUGUUAAUCAAGGAGUGAUAAACUUUGUUAAUUUAUCAUCGGGUGAUUUCAACUGUGAAUUCAACAAAGAGGCAUUGGAUGAGAUCUAUCCGGGAAAACCACAUUCAAUUAUAUACCAGGGUUAA